GGUGACACGAUAUGAGAUCGGCAACCUGUCGUGCCCUUACCCCGCCCACAACAGGACAACAGACGACAGACUCACACAGUCGUGCGACCACGGCUACUGGUACGACACCAGACAGUACAAGAGCAGCAUCUUUACCGAGUUCAACCUGGUGUGUGACGACUACUGGUUGAACAGCCUGUCCCAGUCUAUCUACAUGUGUGGUGUUCUGAUCGGGGCUAUUGGCUUCGGACAGCUGGCAGACUUCAUCGGCAGGAAGAAAACCAUCUUCAUCAGCCUUUUCCUGAUGAUCGUGUUCGGUGCGAUCGUGACCGUCGCCCCGAACUAUACAGUCUUCGUCAUCGCUCGGCUUCUGGUCGGGACUACAGUGUCGGGAAUAUUCCUCUCCGCUUUUGUUAUCGGGACGGAGCUAACAGGCCCGGACAUGCGCACAUGGACAGCCACCCUGCCUCACGUCGCCUUCGCCACAGGGUACAUGAUCUACGCGCUCAUGGCGUGGGGCAUCCGGAACUGGCGACCGCUACAGCUCACCAUGACCCUUCCUACUGUGUUUCUGCUCUUCAGUUGGCCAUUUCUGAUUGAGUCCCCAAGGUGGCUGAUCUCCGUGGACAGACAUGACGAAGCGGCCGCCAUUGUGAAAAGGAUUGCCAAGUUCAACGGUGUGACCGUGCCAGAGGACGUGCUGAACUACAGGAACGAGAAGAAAAAGAACGAUCGGAGGUACACUGCCAUUGACCUACUGCGCACACGCAACCUGUUGAUACGGAACCUCAAUCUGUUCUAUCAAUGGUUUGUGACCUCUAUGGUGUUCUACGGCCUGUCCCUGAACACGUCCUCUCUGCCCGGUAUAGACGACUAUGUCGCCUUCUUCCUCGGAGGUUUUGUGGAAAUCCCGGGACUCUUCAGUUCCUACUACUUACUUGACAUCCUCGGUCGGCCGAAGUGUCAGUGCCUGUACAUGACGGUAGGGGGCAUUGCCUGCAUCAUCAGUCCCUUCCUGGCACCACCGUAUGUUCCAGAGCACCUGGCGCCUUUGUCUAUCGCGCUGGCGAUGUUGGGGAAACUUUCCAUCUCUGCCUGCUUCAACAUCAGCUACAUCAUGUCUGCUGAGCUCAACCCAACCAUUCUCAGGAACGUCGCCGUGGGUGCCGGGUCCAUGUGGGCGCGUAUCGGCGGCGUGGUCUCGCCGUUCGUGGUCUACUCCAAGCAGCUGUGGCUGCCUCUCCCGUUCGCUAUCUUCGGCGGAUGUGCCGUUCUGGCCGGAGCUAUCGCCUUGUUCUUGCCCGAGACGAUGGGUGCUGACCUACCCGAGACAACAGAGGAGGCGGAGAAUUUUGGGACUAAGAGAAAGCCGAGGUCGGUCUACCUGUCUGAUAUUGAGAAGCACGGCGAGGCGCAUCAGAACAGCGCCUAUCAGGAGGAAGAGAACGCUGGUGAAAAGACGGACGACAGCGCACGUGAUGACCUCUCCGACGACACAGCAUUGUAA